UAGUGUUAUAGAGCAGUAUAGAGUAUUAUAGAGCAGUGUAUAGUUAUAGAGCAGCAUAUAGUUAUAGAGCAGUAUAGAGUAUUAUAAAGCAACGUAUAGUUAUAGAGCAGUAUGCGUUUAAAAACCCGUCCCUGUGGAAAUAAAGCCUGUAUCACACACAGGUAUCACAUUGCAUGGUGUGUUUACUGUAACCACACAGCUAAGCUCCGCCCACAGCAACCAAACAGGUGAGACUCCACCAUCAGGUCUAUUUGCCUUCCAAAUCAUCCUCAGGAUACGAGAGAAUCAUCUACAUAAAACCCUGAGUCUGGAACAGAAACCUACACGAAGCCAACAGCAGUCAUGAACUGGGCAUUCCUGCAGAGCGUUUUGAGCGGUGUGAAUAAAUACUCCACCGCGAUUGGUCGGAUUUGGCUCUCGGUGGUCUUCAUCUUCCGGAUCCUGGUGUUCGUGGCUGCUGCUGAGAACGUGUGGAAGGACGAGUCAAAGGAUUUUGUGUGCAACACUCAGCAGCCGGGUUGCGAGAACGUCUGCUUCGACCACUUCUACCCAGUGUCUCAGGCACGUCUGUGGGCUUUGCAGCUCAUCAUGGUGUCCACGCCGUCCCUGCUGGUGGCGCUGCACGUGGCCUACCGUGAACACCGUGAGAAAAAAUACGGACGCAAACUGUACGAGGACAAGGGCAGCAUAGACGGCGGUCUGCUGUGCACCUACCUCCUCAGCCUGGUGUUGAAGACCAGCUUUGAGGUGGGCACGCUCCUCAUCUUCUACUUCGUUUAUAAUGGGUUUAAGGUUCCUCGGAUGUACCAAUGCGAGGAGAGCCCCUGCCCCAACACCGUGGACUGCUACAUCUCCAGAGCCACCGAGAAGAUGAUCUUCCUCUACAUCAUGGGCUGCACAUCUGCCCUGUGUGUGGUUCUCAAUGUGUCUGAAAUGCUCUACAUCCUUUCCAAACAGUGCUGGAAGUGUUUCAGUAAGCGCUACGUCCCUGUGGAGCAAAAGAGGACAUGUUCAUGCCACGCCCACAAAUCCUCAUCCGCACUCACUCUCGGCUCAGCCGGACCCAAACCCCUGACCUCUGCCGGCAAGGAAGAAGAGCUUCGGGUCCAGACAUCGAAGAAUGUGAAGGACACGCUGACCUGAACUGCACAGCGGCAUGGUCACGUCCUCUUCUGCUGUCCUGAGGAACUCUAUCGUCUCUUAAAUAUCAAUUAAAGACUCUUUUAUAGACCCACACCAGGCUGGUGCAGGAGAUCUGAGCUCACACUUAUUUCUAUAUUUCACUGUAACACUGUAAAAGCACUUUAUAAUUCUAAUGAAUUAUUGCUGUUUAAUAAUUACACUGCAUGUAAAUAACCAAACACACACUUCAACACACAUUCACAAGUUUAAAGUCAGGAGUUAAUGAACCUGAGAGCAUCCAGUCUCAUUAGUGUAAAACACACACACACACACACACACACACACACACACACACACACACACACACACACACACACACACACACGUGAUUUGUCGUUUAUGAACCAUUUAUUUUAAAUGAUUCAUUUAAUGUCUACUGGACGCACAAUUUCUGUAUGUUGUGUACAGGAAACAGAAUUGAUGUUUAAUAAUUAGAAGUAAAUUAUUUGUAUGUUUACACUGAAUGAGUUUAUUGUACAGGUAGUACCUGACUUACGAUGCAUUCCUAAGACAUGACCUAGCGUACCCCAGGAGUCGUAAAGGAUGAACAGCAGGUAAUAAU